AGAAGCUGGACUUCCUGCCGCUAACAACUGACCUCGGAUCAGACGGCGCUCUGAGCACCUUAAUGAGAGCUUCCGUCCUCACCUGCAGACUGGGAUCAGUGCAGGUGAGUGUCAAGUUGCAGGUGUGUGUGUAAACAGUCAUCAGCGUGUGCGGGACCAGCAGACGUGUGAUGACAGGAAGGGUGUGUGUGUCUGAUGCCUUUCAUCUGGAAUAUCGGGAUUUAGGGAGAGGAAACUGCAAACACUCAUUCUGUGGAGCAGGCUGCUUUGAUGUGAACAUCACUCCAACUGGGAAACUGGGAGGGCUGGGAUAUACUGGGAGAACUGAGACACACUGGAAUAACUUGUCAGUAUCAAAGUGGAGGUUCUCACCAUGAAAUGCCUGAUCUGAGCAGUGAAUGUUCAUCAGAGAAAAACCUGCAGAAUUUGAUGUUUGGUUUCCAACCUGACAGUGUCUCUAUUUUCUCUCUCUCUCUCUCUCUCACACACACACACAUACCCACACACCUGUGAGGGCGGAGCUCCAGCAGGUAAAGUGGGAUCUUUCCACCCUGAACUCAGAGACCCAGAGGAACCGAAGGAGGAUCUGCUGCAGCUCCAUCUGAAGGUGGCCAUAAUGAAGCUUCUUUGAUCCAGCCAGGUGUCCUCGUCCCUGAUUGGUCGAUUGCACAAUGAGCUCCGCCUUCUCUCAGUCGCUCUUCGACCGUUUCGCUGCGUCGCCCCCUGCUGGCCGGGAGGACCGGAGCAGGACUCAGCACUCAGAGUCUCUGUCCGCCCCUGUCCCCUUCCUGUUCUACCCUCCCACUGUGGACCCCGCUGCCCUCAGCCUGUACAAGGGCCCCCUGAGGGGUCCCGCCGGCAUCCUGCCCUACCUGUCCCCCUUCCACCACCAUGGGCAUUUCAGCGUCUAUGAGUGUCCGUUUGAGCCGGCGUUCAUCCAGAAGCGUAACGAGCGGGAGCGGCAGCGUGUCAAAUGCGUGAACCAGGGCUAUGCCAAGCUGCGGGACCACCUGCCGGGUCACAGCGCCGACAAGAGGCUCAGCAAGGUGGAGACGCUGCGCGCCGCCAUCAGGUACAUCAAGUACCUGCAGAGGCUGGUGGACAUGGAGGAAGACAGGCGUGAAGGGGCGGAGCCUGGCAGUGGGACACCUUCUGGUCCGGACAGGGGUGGAGAGAUGCAGGCAUGUUGAACAGCCGGUUCACCUGAACAACCAAUCAGAGCGCAGAACCCAGAAGGAGGACGUCAGCAACGCUAGACUCCAGAGGACAGAUCCUAAAUGGACAGCGCCACCUGCAGUUUGUUCCUGAAAGUCCGAUGGGGAAUCGGGGAGAGUCGAACCAGCUCUUUCUGGACAUUUUCAGCCACCGUAGAGCAGCAGAUGUUUCAAUAUUUCAGCAAAACCUUUCACGUGUGGAUCCAACAAUCUGUCACAGAUGUUGCUAAGGGACAGCUUUUUGGAAAAAAAAAAAACAACAAAAAAAGAAAACACUGAAAAAUUAAAGAUUUCAAAAUCUUGAAAAAUUGUGGUCAUCCUAAAACUCAAGUGGCUGAUGGGAAAUAUGAAAAACGUACGAUGUGAGAAGUGAGCAAAUGUUUAUACUUGUAUCCACCCUUGAAUUUAUUUUACAGUAAUAUGCUGUACUAAUAGUAGGUCAGGAAUCUGUAGUGAAUGUAGUUUUGUGUUAUCGCCACUAGGUGUCACUGCAACUUUCAAAAUGACAAUGGGUCAAAAGAAUAAAAAAAUAAGUUACUUAUUCA